AGCAGCAGCAGCAGGCAGCAGCACCUCCUCAGCACGCGCUGACACAAACACAACGCGCCGACGCCGCUGACGAUCCAAUCACGCUAGCCAUCAUCCCUCCCAGCUGGUGCUCGAGAUCGAGAUUGGAUCGCGCUAGCCACCAUCAUUGCCCAAUCGCAGAUCUCUCGCGUGUCCCUGAUCCAGCACUCCCUCCCCGCCUCGCUUCUCUUGGUCUUGGAGGUGGGAGAUGGCGGAGCUGGUAGUGGCAGCGGCGGCGCAGGCGCCUGCUGGCGGGUGGGGCGCGGCGGCGCCGCAGGAGCUGCUCGAGAGGCUCAAAGACUACGGCCAGGAGGGCGCCUUCGCGCUCUGGGAUGAGCUCGCGCCGGAGGAGCGCGACUUCCUUGUCCGGGACAUCCAGAGCCUAGAUCUUGCCAGGAUCGACCGGAUUGUUCGAUGCUCACUCCGGUCACAAGGCGCUCCUGCGCCGGUGGUUGAGCCUGUGCCGGAGUCAAGUGUUGCAACGGUGGAUGAUAGAACUGCCGAGGACAAAGAAAGGUGGUGGAGGAGGGGUUUAAAAGCCAUUGCAGAGGGAAAGUUGGCUGUCGUACUUUUGGCUGGUGGUCAGGGAACACGGCUUGGCAGUUCUGAUCCUAAGGGGUGUUUCAGUAUUGGGCUUCCAUCAGGAAAGUCACUUUUCCAACUUCAAGCCGAAAGAAUUUUGUGUGUUCAAAAGCUGGCUGCUCGCUCCAACGAUGGGAACACUGUGCAAAUCCACUGGUAUAUAAUGACUAGCCCCUUCACUGAUGAAGCCACCCGUAAAUUCUUUGAAAGCCGUCGAUAUUUUGGCUUAGAGCCUGACCAAGUGACCUUUUUCCAGCAAGGCACGCUCCCUUGUGUUUCUCCCGAUGGAAGGUUUAUUAUGGAGACACCAUAUAAGGUGGCGAGGGCUCCAGAUGGCAAUGGGGGAGUAUAUGCUGCUCUAAAAUCUAAAAAGUUGCUGGAUAAUAUGGCUGCAAGAGGUGUGAAAUAUGUUGAUUGCUAUGGAGUUGAUAAUGCAUUGGUCCGUGUUGCAGAUCCAACAUUCCUAGGAUACUUUAUUGACAAGGGUGUGUCUGCUGCUGCAAAGGUCGUAAGGAAGGCAUAUCCACAAGAGAAAGUUGGAGUUUUUGUUCAGCGUGGUAGGGGUGGGCCUCUCUCUGUGGUUGAGUACAGCGAAAUGGAUGCAGCUAUGACUACUGAAAUCAAUCAAACAACAGGGCGCCUUCGCUAUUGUUGGAGCAAUGUGUGCUUGCAUAUGUUCAGUUUGGAUUUUCUUAAUCAAGUAACCAAUAGUCUUGAGAGAGACAGUGUUUACCAUCUAGCGGACAAGAAGAUUCCUUCAAUCCAUGGGUACACAACAGGCCUUAAGCUUGAACAGUUUAUAUUCGAUGUAUUCAACUAUUCACCCUCAACAGCACUUUUCGAGGUUGUGCGGGAGGAGGAAUUUGCACCGGUAAAGAAUGCUAAUGGUGCACCUUACGACACUCCUGACAGUGCGAGAUUAAUGGUACUUCGCCUUCACAGCCGAUGGGUAGUUACUGCAGGUGGCUUUCUGACGCAUUCUGUGCCCUUGUACAUGACUGGUGUCGAAGUGUCCCCGCUAUGUUCUUAUUCUGGAGAGAACCUAGAAGCCAUAUGUCGUGGACGAACAUUCCAUGCACCAAGUGAGAUCUCAUUCUAGGUAGCGGCUGUCGAAAGAAGCAGUUGCAUACACGAUGGUGAGGUCUGCUGUUUUAUUUUUGAAAGGACAUGGGGUCAGAUGGUUGGACCUGAGCUCUUGCAAUUAGAGUGUCAAUAUUAGUCAGCUCGUAUGGUUUUGUGAGUACUGAGCAUUGUAAUGCGACACAACAGGCUACUCCUCCCCUGCUCGAGUCUCCCAGUGUAUCAUUUGUUGCUCAAGUGUAGAUUCAUCACAGAGCACAAUCCAAUCUUUGUCAAAAUCAAUGUAUUUCUAAAAUUUCGAAUAUUGUUCUUUGCACAGUUCAUGUGGCGUGCUAUAUUAUUGGAUCCAA